AUGUUGGAGGGUGGCUUAGGGGACAGCCAGCAGGCGACUGUUCAAUCGGUUGCCCAAGAAUUCGAGGUCGGGAGCGAAAAGAUACAGGAGAUAACGAAUCACUUUGUGAAGCAGAUAAAACAUGGUUUGAAAGACAAGCAUGCUUAUCAGAUACCAUCUUUCGUCACUCAUAUCCCAAGUGGCCGAGAGAAGGGCCUUUUUCUUUCAGUUGAUCUUGGCGGUACAAACUGUCGCGUGUGUGCUGUGACGCUUCAUGGCGACUCGACGUUCGAUGUGUUUCAGAGGAAGCACUUCGUCCCGCAUGAUAUUCGCGUGCACUCAAGUCACAAACCUCUAUUUCAUUUCAUCGCCCUGAAGAUCCAAGACCUCCUUCGCGAGCAUACGAGUGAGAGAAGUAGUGAGGGUUCCGAUGUUUCCUUCAACCUUGGCUUCACAUUCAGCUUCACUUGCGAGCAGACCUCUAUCUCCAGCGGUACCCUCGUCCACUGGGACAAAGGAUGGGAUAUCCCAAGCACUCUGGGCCAAGAUCCUUGCGCAUUACUACAGGAAGCGAUUGAUGAGAUCUCAUUACCAGUGCGAGUUUGCGUUCUGGCCAACGAUGCAGUCGGAACACUGCUUACUAGAGCAUAUACCUCGAAAACGAAAAACUCCACCUUGGCAUCUAUAAUUCUCGGGACCGGCACAAACGCUGCGUAUAUUGAGCGAGUGGCAAAUAUUCACAGACUCGAUACAACAGCCGAUCGUACACAACGACCUGAUAGUGACGGAAUCAUGGUGAUUAAUACAGAGUGGGGAUCAUGGGAUGACGGUUUGAAGGUUCUUCCUCAAACACGGUUAGACAAACUCGUCGAUGAGUCUUCUUCAGAUCCUGGAUGUGGCCUUCUUGAGAAGAUGGUCUCCGGCAUGUAUCUCGGGGAGCUACUGCGCUUAUCACUCUUGGACCUGAUGCGCGACGAUGCAUUAGAUAUGUCAUUUCCAGACGGUAGCCCUGUUUACGCCCACAUGGGUAUUGACAGCGCAUUCUUGUCCAAGAUCGCAGAGUCAACACCAGAGAAUUCGCCGUCAGCUUUAUCUUAUAUCACCGACACGAUAGGAGCAACGGGUGUGACAUCGAAGGACUUGCAGACUAUCCAAACGUUGGCUACUGUUAUCGUGAAACGAUCUGCUCGAUUAGUAGGUGCUGGCCUUGCUGCCAUCAUCAUACAGUAUGGCAGGCUUGAUACUUCAGGCAUGUCUCAGAAGACGGAUCUCGGAGGCCAUACACAUCAAAUACACGAGGUGUCGACAUCAAGGCAGACCGGCAGCCGGCGGAACACCUUCACACGAUUCAUACGUCGCAUGUUUGGCUGCAUAAGCCCGGAAGAACCUUUACCGACAUCGCCAAGCGGGUCGUCAUAUGACUCCAAGGAUACGCUUGAGUCUUCGGAAUUGGCAGAUGAGGUGAUUGAUAUUGCGGUCGAUGGCUCACUAUUUGAGUUCCAUACUGCUUUUGAGAGCUUUAUGCGUACUGCUCUGCGCGACGUUGAAGCUAUUGGGAAGGCAAAUGAAACGAGGAUAAAAAUAGAGCUUACACGAGACGGGUCGGGGACUGGUGCGGCACUCAUAGCUGCGGCUGCAGCGUAG